AUGACGUUUUUUGAGUUCAUUUUUCUCAAAAGGAAGCUGGCAGCAGACAAGGAUACGAUUGUGAACAACCUUACUCGAUCAAGAGAAGCAAACAACCCCAUGUGGCUCUUGUUGUUCCCUGAAGGCACAGUGAUCUCCGAGAGUACAAGGAAACGAUCAAGCGAUUAUGCCAAAAAGAUGGAUAUGCAAGACAAUCGUUUUACACUCCUGCCUCGUUCAACUGGUUUGAAAUUAUGCACGGAGACGUUGGGUGACAAUCCUGAAUGGUUAUAUGAUUUGACUAUUGGUUACGAAGGUGUCAAGGCCAAUGAGAAUCCCGAGGAUGUCUACACGAUCCCAAGCAUCUUUAGUGCUUAUCGAUACCCCAAGCAAAUCCAUGUCCAUAUUCGGCGGUUCAAGAUCAGUGAUCUUCCCAAGGAGGAUGAUGCGUUUGCACAGUGGAUGUUCGAUCGUUAUGUGGAGAAGGAUCAAUUGAUGGCGCACUUUUAUGAGCAUGGUAAAUUUCCUGGAGAAUGCGAUGCUGAGCUACCAAUUGUCAUGAAGGAGCCGACUCCAAGCUUUUUAUUACUAUGGCUCUCCUUUGUACCUUGUAUUCCAUUGAUCAAACUCGCUUUGGGUGCCAUCAAAUCUGUUUUAUAA